UGGGGCGGUUACAUACAAUAGAGGCAAUUGCAGAGGAGGAGUUAUCCGCUACAUUACGCGCUUGCGCGGACCGUUCGAUGUCCACCGUUGAUCUCUUCUCCCUCACACACUUCUAACUAUUAUAUAUAUAGUAUUCAUUCGCCACUUUAUUAACACCACAUCAACACUCUCCGAUCGAUUCCCCCUCGCCGGACUUUUACAUAUCCUCCGGUGAACUCAUCGUCGAUGGUUUCUCCAUCCAUAGAAGUGUUGAAUUCAAUUGCUGAUGGAAAAAAAUACAUAACAUCAAAAGAGUUAAAGAAGCAUAACAACCCUAAUGACCUUUGGAUCUCAAUUUUGGGCAAAGUUUACAACGUUACAGAAUGGGCUAAAGAGCAUCCGGGUGGCGAUGCCCCGUUGAUUAAUCUCGCGGGCCAGGAUGUAACUGACGCAUUUAUCGCAUUUCAUCCCGGUACUGCGUGGAAGCAUCUAGACAAACUAUUCACCGGGUAUCACUUAAAAGAUUACCAGGUUUCUGACAUUUCUAGAGACUACCGGAAACUCGCUUCAGAGUUUGCAAAAGCGGGUAUGUUUGAGAAGAAAGGUCACGGUGUAAUUUACUCACUUUGUUUCGUGUCGCUACUGCUUUCCGCUUGUGUGUAUGGCGUGUUAUAUUCCGGAAGCUUCUGGAUUCAUAUGCUUUCGGGGGCGAUAUUGGGAUUAGCAUGGAUGCAAAUUGCCUAUUUGGGUCAUGACGCGGGUCAUUACCAAAUGAUGGCGACCCGCGGGUGGAACAAGUUUGCCGGAAUAUUUAUCGGGAAUUGUAUAACCGGAAUAAGCAUCGCGUGGUGGAAAUGGACGCAUAACGCACAUCACAUCGCUUGUAACAGUCUUGAUUAUGAUCCUGAUCUUCAGCAUUUACCGAUGUUAGCCGUUUCUUCCAAGCUUUUUAACUCAAUAACUUCUGUUUUCUAUGGGAGACAGUUGACCUUUGACCCGUUAGCCCGGUUCUUCGUGAGCUACCAGCAUUACUUAUAUUACCCGAUCAUGUGUGUGGCCCGGGUCAACCUCUAUUUACAAACAAUCCUGUUGCUGAUUUCAAAACGAAAGAUUCCCGACAGAGGUUUAAACAUACUCGGAACCCUAAUCUUCUGGACGUGGUUUCCGUUACUUGUUUCUCGCUUACCGAACUGGCCCGAACGCGUGGCGUUUGUGUUGGUUAGCUUCUGUGUAACGGGUAUACAACAUAUUCAGUUUACACUGAACCAUUUUUCUGGGGAUGUUUACGUGGGCCCGCCAAAAGGAGACAAUUGGUUCGAGAAACAAACGCGUGGGACCAUCGAUAUCGCGUGUUCUUCUUGGAUGGAUUGGUUUUUCGGAGGUUUACAGUUUCAACUUGAGCACCAUUUGUUUCCUAGGUUGCCACGGUGUCACUUGAGGUCGAUUUCUCCUAUAUGUAGAGAACUCUGCAAGAAAUAUAACUUACCUUAUGUGAGUUUGUCGUUUUAUGAUGCGAAUGUAACGACCUUGAAGACGCUUAGGACAGCGGCUCUACAGGCACGUGACCUUACGAACCCGGCCCCACAGAAUUUAGCUUGGGAAGCUUUUAACACUCAUGGUUAAGUCUUAACUUUUAAUUCUUUCCUUCUGGUAAUAGGGUUUGAGCAGUAAGAUCUUCGUCUUUUGUUUUUUGAUUUGUAAAUUUGUUUCGGCAUAUUGUUGUAAUAUGUUUCGGCGUAUUGAUUCCUAGAUAUGGUUUUAGAAUCUACAUUUGCUUCGUCUUAA